CUCCCCCCAACCCCGCCGCGCGCGCCUCUGCGCCAGUAAAGGCCAGGCCGGCCGCCCCUCCCCGCGCCUCCCCCGCCUCCUCUGCCGCUGCGGAGGAGGACACGUCAGGGGACAUAAAUAAAUAAAUAAUUCCAUUCACCCGGUGACGGCGAGGCGGACUGGCUGCAGCUGGGCGGGGGGAACCGGGCGCCACAGCACCCACCGUGCGCCGGACAGCAGAAAUACUGAAGAUACAUUGGCAAAUGCUGAAAAGGACAUCAGAAAGCUAUGAUAAAGUGGAGAGUAUGUAUGAACCAAAUACAAAAUAUGCAGCUGUAUGAGUAAGAGAUUGAAAAGACAAUUAGACAUUAGAGGAGUCAUUCUGAAGAUGUGAUGCUUUCCUUUGAAGGCUUAAAAAGGGAUCUUGGGACCUACAGGACUCUAAGACUCUCAGUGCCAAUAGAGCAGAGCUACUUUGUGAAGCCCAUCCGUGUGUAAUCCAGAGUCUGCUUUACUCUUUUCUUUGUAUUGCCUUCACACAUUGCACCUCAGUGUAAAGUGGCUAGGCUUGAAGAGUCCACAUACAACCCUUAGAAAGCUAUUCAAGGGGGCACUGUCAACAGGUUACUUGAAUUUCAAAUAAAGGAUCAGUAAUGCCACCAACGCCAGCUACCCCGCCUCAGUACCCACCUCCUGAUGGAGGGUGGGGCUGGGUAGUAGUCGGAGCUGCCUUUAUAUCCAUUGGAUUUUCGUAUGCAUUCCCCAAAGCAGUCACAGUAUUCUUCAAAGACAUUCAGGAAAUAUUCAACACUUCCUACAGUGAAAUAGCCUGGAUAUCAUCCAUAAUGCUAGCUGUUAUGUAUGCAGGAGGUCCCAUCAGUAGUAUAUUGGUAAAUAAAUAUGGCAGCCGGCCAGUGGUAAUAGUAGGAGGCUUACUAUGCUGUUUGGGAAUGGUUUUGGCAUCUUUCAGCAACAGCGUGGUGCAACUUUACGUCACUGUGGGCUUCAUUGGAGGUUUAGGUUUAGCCUUCAACCUGCAACCAGCCUUAACAAUAAUUGGCAAAUACUUCUAUAGGAAACGACCCAUGGCAAAUGGAUUGGCCAUGGCAGGAAGUCCUGUUUUCCUAAGUACAUUGGCCCCUUUCAAUCAGUUUCUUUUUAAUACUUACGGCUGGAAGGGAAGCUUUUUGAUUUUAGGAGCUAUAUUUUUGAAUGCCUGUGUGGCUGGGGCCCUCAUGAGGCCCCUUGGACCCAAACAAAUUACUUCUCACUCUAAAACUAAGGUUGGCAUAAGAGAGGAAAGUUCGGGUUCAAAGAAAAUCCAUAAGAAAUCAAUAGCACAAAAAAUUAAUCAAUAUUUAGAUUUCUCCCUUUUUAAGCAUAGAGGAUUUCUGAUCUACCUCUCUGGAAAUGUCAUUAUGUUUCUAGGUUUUUUUGCCCCUGUUAUAUUCUUGGCUCCAUAUGCUAAAGACCAGGGAAUAGAUGAGUAUUCUGCAGCUUUCUUGCUGUCUGUAAUGGCUUUUGUUGAUAUGUUUGCUAGGCCAAGUGUAGGAUUAAUUGCAAACUCCAAACUUAUCCGACCACGAAUCCAGUACUUCUUCAGCUCUGCAAUCUUGUUCACUGGAGUGUGCCAUCUUUUAUGCCCUCUGGCCAAGGAUUACACAAGCCUGGUGAUAUAUGCUGCAUUUUUUGGCUUUGGGUUUGGCAGUGUUAGCAGCGUCCUCUUUGAAACCCUCAUGGACCUUGUUGGUGCUCAGAGGUUCUCCAGUGCUGUGGGCCUUGUCACAAUUGUGGAGUGUGGCCCAGUUCUUCUUGGCCCUCCUCUUGCCGGUAAAUUGGUGGAUGUAACUGGAAAAUAUGAAUACAUGUAUAUGUCCUGUGGGGCUAUUGUGGUAGUAGCAAGCAUAUGGCUGCUCAUUGGCAAUGCUAUAAACUAUAGACUGCUCGCAAAGGAAAGGAAGAAGGAAGAAGCAAGGAAUAAAGAUGCACAAUCACAUGAAUCCAGAGAAUCUGAACCCUUGAGCAAACCCAAACUUGAUGAAGUUAUUGUCAAAGCUCCAAAAGCACAGAAUACUCCUUCAGAAAGAGAAACUAAUAUUUAAGAAGAAUCACAUCUCUGAAUUGGGUUUAUGAAUUUACUUAGGAGUUUGUUUUUGCUUUUUAAAAUAUUGGAAAAGUUUUUCAUUGACACAAGGAGUUACAACUAAAGAGGGAAAUGAGAUUUUCCUAAAUAGCAAAUUAUAAAUUAGUUUUUGAAAAUGUGUAUGAGUAGUUAAAUUUUGAAAUUAUGCAUACAUAUAAUCCAUGCAGUUGGUGUAUUUCCGUACAUGACUCAGGAUUUCGUGGUGAAAAUACAAAUUUCAGAGUCUUCCAUUGACUUCUGUUCUUGGUUAUAGAAAGAGAUCUGAAUCCCAUACUCCUGGUUUAAUUAAUUAGAAGGAAUAUUUUUAACCCCAUACAUUGAUCUUCACUUUUUAUUUGAUAUUAAAGCAUGAAAAAGGAUUGAGGAAAAAUAAUUUAUCUUCCCAAACACACACACAUACAAACCCACAUAAACAGAGUACAGUAUCUGGAGAACAGAAUAAAUGAAUAAAUUCAAGAAUCUUAUCAUAGUUAUUUUAAGUUUAAAAAAAUCCAUGAGCACAAAAGAAAUGUAUCAUAUGUGCAUACUCUUCUACAAUGUGGAUUUUAGAUAAGCACAUGGAUGAAAAUGAGAGUGAUCUUAAUUCCAAAAUGCAAAUGGCUACUAUAAAAAUAUUUGAUAUAUAAAAUAGCUUUGAUUAAAAAAAAAGGAAAGAUUACAUUUCACACCAUUACUUCUGAACACUCUAAGGCUAGAUUAAUCCAGACACAUGAUUUCUUCAAGGGGUUGCCAUUAGUGUCUAGUGGUAAAAAAUAGAACCCUCAAGUAAUUUUUCAGAAUUCUUACCUAACAGUAGGAAUAUGAAUGGCACCUUGCAAUGAACUAUGUCCACCAAUUUUUUAAAGGAUUUUAGUUCUUAAUUCAGAAAGUAAUAACCAGAGAUUUAUUCUAACUAGAUGUCAGUCAGUAUCCACUGAACUGAAUAUCGAAGAAUAAACCAGAAUCCUAGUGGACAGUCUAGAGAGAGAGAAAAUUCAAUUUUCUCCAACACAUAGCUGUUAUUUGAGGUCACUGUUCUGAAUAAUCCAUGUCAGUCCAGCUGACUGAGAGAGGGAAUCCUUUUAGUUUUCUCAGCUCCUCCCUUUUCAUAAAAAGCAAAAGCAAAAAACAAACCAUAAACAGGCCUUUUACUCAGCCCCUGAUGAUGUUAUAGGAAUAGUAGCACUGCAAAAGUCUGCCCUCUACUGACUAGACUUCAUGCUGCCUAUGGAUAUACCAGGAAACUACAGUAGGCUCCUAAAAACAUAGGUUGUGUCACAUGGAAUUAUAGGUAUAGCUUAAAACAGCAAGAAGCUUGAAAUAUUGCAACCCAGGUUAAUUUAGGAAUUUCUUCUUUUAACUAUGAAAACACCUAGGCCUCUGAAUUCAUCUUUAAUACAGACACAUUUGAUAGUUUUGUGUUUUUAGAACUAUAAAUACCAUAGCUAAACUCAUAAAUACUUACACUUAUAAACCUGAAGUUUAAUAUGACUGACAAAAAAUACUUAGUGCUUUAUUAUUGAAAUGAUGUCAUUCUUGAGAUGUCCAAGGGAAUUUACCGUUAAUUUUUUUAUUGCCAUAGAACAGGUGCUAUUCUUAUUUCUUAUGAGACUGUACCUGGACACCAAGCUUUUGUAAUAAUUGACAUUAAGAACUUGAUUCAUGAAAUUUAUGCAUUAUUUAAGCAUGUGGCUCAUAUUUAGGGACCGAUAUAAAAUUUCGGGUUUUUUUUCAUUUAACGUUUGCUUUUCUGCCUAUGAAGGGAUAUUUGUAUUUUUCAAAUAUUAAAUAAAACAAGAUGUGCCAAUAUCAUAGGUAAAUAAAUCAGGAAAAAUGUGACAGUAUAUGGCUCUUUUUAAUUUAGUUAUACUCAGUCUUGAUUCUUGAGUUAGUUGGUUUUAAAUUAAUGCUUUUGUAUUCAAUGCUGAUUUGUCAUAAGAAGUACAACAUCAUUGUGUAGUACAUCUCCAAUCCCAAACAUUUCCAAAAAGUGUCUUGCAUUCUCUAAAAAUACGUAAUUUAAACUAAUAUAGAUAUUAGACCAUUAUGGAAAUAAGUAGCAAAGUAAGGUUUUAGAUGUAAAACAUUCUUUUUCAUUACCUGCUAGUAGAGACAUGUGCUUGGGUGCAUUCUAAUGCCUUCUCCAUGGUAGGAGGUUUCUAUACUUAUUGAGAGUCAAGUCAAAACCAAUUUACAUUUGCUUUAUUACUCUUUGGUUGCCUUCAUUAACUCUUCAUUUUUAAUACUGACUACAUUAAUUUGUUAGAAAAGAAAGGGAAGUAAAAUUGCAGAUUCGAAACACAUGAAUAAUGUGAUAUAGUCAUGCCUGACAGUGGCACAGCACGAACUUACAAAUAUGCUUGCAUAUUCUUUCCCAUACAUAUAUGCUGAAAACUAAACAAGAACACACUUGAUACAGUGACAUAACAACCUACUAGAUUCACAGUUGUUCCAGAUAAUGUAAAUUAUUCUGCUUGUUUGAUCUCUCUACUCCCUUGAACUUUUUGGAAGAAUUAUUGCUUUAACAGAAUCUUUUCAAAGAUUGAGAAAAGAAUCUUGGCCUCGAAUUUGCACAAUGAUAUAGUCACAUAGUGGAGGAGGAAAUAAGGGCUGGUUUCUGUGUCUGCAACAGUUAGUUCUGAGGGUAUUUCUUUCCCCAAAGAAUAACAGAGUUUUACAUGUUCGAGAUCAAAAACAAAGUCAGUCACCACUAAAAACCCUACAAGCCGUAUUUACCAUCAUGAAUUUGUAUAGGAAUGUUAUGUAAACCAGAGUACUGAAAUAAUUCAUGAUCACUGUCUAGUUUAAAUGUGUUGCUAUUUGUGUUAACUGAACUUCCUAUAGUUUUCACUAUUUAACUUAGAUAUUCCUUCAUAAUUUAUUAAUAGAACUUGAGGAUGGAUUUGUCUUGACAUGUUUGCGCCCUCUUUUGAUCUUUUUUGGUUUCAACUAGCACAACAUAAAAGAGCCAGUGGAUCACGUGCCAGUGUGUUUCACAUUGGAAGAUAUGAUGUUUACUUAACAUAAAUUCACAUAACUCAUAAAUUUUACUUGUUUUGUACCAAGUAUUAGCCAAUUUAACUCAUGUGCUCAUCGCCUUUACCUGAACACUAGAGAAUAAGUAAAACAACUAGAUUUGAUAUGUUCAAAUUUGCACUUUAAAUAUCUAGUUAUUUUAUAUUAGCCCUUCUCUGGCUGUUCAACAUGACAAUAAGGAAUAUAGAAAAAAGACCAAAAAUAUAUAAUACAAUAUUUUAUAUAGAUAUUAUAAAUACAGAGAUAAUCUUGAUCAAUUAGUUGAAACUUAGUUUUUAUCAGAAAUACCUUUUAAAACAUCCUAUCAGAGGCAGACUAUCCCAUACUAAUAAUGUAAGUUAGAAAUCGUAACUAUUACAUUAAAUAGGGAGGAAGAAUACAGUAUAAGAUGGGAACUAAUGUGUGGUGAAUUUUACCCACACAAUGCCUUUUAAUAGUCAGAUGAAAGCUAUGCUAGAAGUUGUUAACUUGAUGUAGUAAAUGAGUGAAAACCAAAAAAAGAUGCAGAAUCUCCAAAGAUUUCCCAAAGUUAAAAAUUAAUAUGUGACUGAACCAAAAUUGAUAAGCAGAAAGAACUCCUGAAGUGUUCAUACUGCAUCUCAAUAGAUGCUAUAGUGGCAAAGGGAGAUAAAAUAUAUGUAUAAAAAUUCUAAAUCAUCUAUGAAAAAAAUUAGACUUAAAAUUAGAGCUAAAAUUAUAGUGUAUGAACAAGAGCAAAUAAGAUUUGAUUUAGUUGUAUUAGAGAUUACAUUUAAUAUAGUCUGAAUAUAAUUUUCAAAUUGCCUGCUUUUCUUGUCAAUGUAAAAGAUUCCACAGUCAAUAUGAUAUCACAGUAAUAAUUGUUUUAUGUAAAUUUUUUCUCAACAAAGAGGCAUAUGACUCAGACAUAAUUUUCCCUGAAGUUGAAUUUAGAAGAAAAAUGUUAUUUGUUAUAGAUAAUUUCUGUGCUGGUUACCACUUCACAAAACAUAAAAACUAUAUACUAUAAAACGCUGUAUUUAGAAUUUUAGUGAUUUUUCUCCAUUAGUAGAAUUACUCCAAGAUACAAAGUAACAAAAAGGUAUGAGAUUCAGAUUUUCUGGUUCAUCUGUACAAUGCAUAUUUAUUUUUAAUAAAUGUCCUAGAUUCCCAUUUUUCAAGUUUCUCUGAACAGCUGUAUUGCCACUUUUUCUCUACUUAUUCUACAGAGAAAAAUACUGCAACUGCUUUUGUCUUCUCCAUCUGGACCUUUGAAGUCCUUAAAAUGUAUUUCUCCUCACCUCUGUUCAGGUGCACUGGUUUCUUCAUUAAGUCAUCCACGAUACAUUAGUCUGAUUUAUUUGUGAUUCGCAAGAAUGGCGGUCCCAUAGCCAGGUGGAUAUUCUAUUGGCCAUAACCACUUAUCUCUACAAAUGGGGAAAUUAUAAAUUUAAGAUUUCCUGGACAGGGGAGGCAUUUAUCCGUCUAGGAAAUAUUUUGUUAAUACGAGUUUUCCUUAUGCAAGAUAAAUAUAUAAUUAAAUGUGAUUUUUAAAAAUCUAAAAAAAACAAUCUUUCUGUUGUUGACACUUACUAAUUCUCUUAAAGUGCCUGAUAACUUUGAGAAACAAAGUUUACCAUCACAAUAUUUCUCAGUCAUGUGUCACACAGGCUUUCUCAGUGCAGUGACAUCAUUGAUAAAUCAUACCUACUAAGUUUCUUACCAUAAUUGUUUACAAUGCCAAAUAUCAACACAAUGAGAUUAAAAGCAAAAUUAAAAUCUUGCCCUUUUCUCCACACUUUUUUAAGAUUGAGACUUUAUUACAUCCAUAUGCAUGAUCAUGUUUGAGAAUACACUUGAGUUGAGAAUCCCAACAAUCAGUAAAUAAUUAUAAUGCUUUUUAAUGAAAAUCAUGAAUUAGCUUUUUAGAUUUAAUUAAAAUGAAUAGUUUUCUGAGCUCAUAUCUUUUAUAAUUCUGCUUUUCUUACUUGCUCUUAAUUGUUCAUACACUAUAGUUUUAGCUCUUCACAAAGCCCUGUUAUCUGGCUUUAGUCUUCUCUUUACUGCUUUUCCUUUAGUUUAAUUCAUUUAUGCACAGAUCCUGGCAGAAUUACUGUAGUUAAUGAUAUGUAUAAGUUUUAAUGUCUCUAACUUGAGACAAAAAUUAAAAUUGACUGGUGUAAUACACGAAAAUUUUUAGACAAAAUUAUUUCCCUCAUCUCAAUCUACUGCAGCUUAGCUUCUCUCUCCAUUUUUAUAUAAUUAUUUUUAAAAAUUAUUUUCCUUUUUUACUGUGGAUAGAUAAACUAACCUCUUUCCAUCUAAAUAUGAGCAUUUUUACUAUCAAAUUCUUCGUUGGCAAGUUUAGGUAUAAUUAUAUUAUUUGUAUGCAUUUCUGUUUUUAUGUAUUUCUAUCUUUAUAUUUACUUCUUUAAUAAGGUCUCCAACAGUCAAGAUAAUUCUAUGGGCAAUAUUCACUGAUCAUGAAUUUAUUAACGUUGCAGCAAAUAUUUUUCUUCCCCUGAUUAUACAGGCUUUUGGUGGAUUUUUGUUGUGUUUUUAAGCCAAAUGUGACAAAUUAAGAUGGAGUCCUCUGUGUGAAUGCACUGAUACUGAAUGCUGAGCACUCUAUCCAGGCAUAAUAAACUGGUAAAAAUUUCUGUUAAGAAGAGAAAAAGAAUGAGAUUUUUAUCUCAUAAACUUCAGGGUAAAUUUUAAAACAGUUUUUUGGCCAAGACUUACUUUUUUUGGGGGGUGGUUUUCAUUACUUUCAUAUACAUCUAAAAUAAGAUGACUAGGUUAGGCCCAUAUAGAGACCUUGGUCAUUAAAGUAGAGCACAUAUUUUUAACAUAUUAUUCAAUAGACUUUAUUUUUCUACCACUUAUUUUCUCUUUCUAAUUAAAGUAUGAGUAUUUUUGGAUUAAGUGAGAUGGGAUAUGCGAGCUAAAAUGUUUCUUUUCUGAGCAAUUAUAAAUAUUAUUUUUAUUUGGGUUAUACUUUGUUUUUUAUGUAUUUAUGUAUCAAAUUAUAUAUUUAAUUAACUACAUCCUCUCAACUUUCUUUGCUAAUUUUGUUAGAUAUCACAUUUUUACUAUGCAAUACUAGACUAAACCAGAUUAAGGGCUUUGUCUAAAUAUAUAUUAAUCCCCCAAGUAAAUGAAGGAUUGGAAACAGAAUACAGGUCUUUUGAUUUAUAACACAUUUUUCUUUCUCCUGCGCUAUUUAAGCCAUUUUGUUGAUAAUGAUAACCUUUAUUCAGUCAUUUAAAACACACUUGAUAAAUCCUGUAUAUCCUACAUAAAUAUUUUUCUCCAAUUAUAUUUUGUAAAAUCAUGUUUGCAAACUUACAUUGAAGAAUAUUUGCUGACUGCAACAGGAGAUAAUUCUAGAUACAUCGGAUAAUAACUAGUGAGUAGGAUGAAUAAUUUUGCACAAAGUAUGUCAAUUAUUAAUAGGAAAGACAUUAAAAAGAUAUCAAUAUUGUGUUAAUAAAAAUGAUCUAUCAGUAUUUCAUUAAUUGCUUUUUUAUAACAUAUAAACAGCAUUCAUUUAUUUUUUAAAAUAAAAUUCCAGAGCAUGGAAUACACAGUACAAGUUUAUUAAUUAUGUGCAAGAAAUUGUUGCCAUUGUAUAAUCUGAGGAGAUAAGCCCUGCAGUAUUGCUUUUUAAGAAUGUAAAAAUGAGUUUAAAAAAGUAUUCAAAUACAGCACAUCUGAAAAUAUUUUUUAAAUGGUUAUUUCACCUAAAUAAAUUGUACUAAACUCCAUAGCCAUUUUGGGAACAGUAUAGAUAUUCUUUUAUGUUAGUGAUAUCAUCUACCUCCAUCAUGCCUAGAUAGAGUUUCUUUCUAGAGUUUUUGUUUCAUGUACCUCUGGAAAAAUAGCAACAAGAACAAGUCAUUCAGACAGAUGAUCUCUGGAGGAAGAGUGAUGGCUAUUCGAAAUUCCCCAGGGGAAAGUAUAAAAACAAGAAUAUACACUCUGCUUCAUAUAUUGGGUGUUCACUGAAAUCUUCUGUGAAUAGGGAGGUCCUAAACACAUCUAUAGUUACUGAUGUGUUUGGUUCGAUUCAGCCAAAUUGGGAUACAAAUACCACGUUUGCUUUGUUGUCAUGACGGAGGGCAGCCCCAGCAUCCACGAUGAGUGCAUCUAUUAAAUACUGUAAGGUCCUUUCUUUGUAACCAGGACAAAAAUAAUAUACUUCAGUUAGGUAUGUCAGGUAUUGUAAUUCCUAUGUUGAAAAUGAAAAAGCAGGGUCUCUUGACAUAUUUACUGAAAUUGAUAUUUGAUUGGAAGUUUUUUACAUAAAAGCGUUACCUCUUAAAUAUUUUAAAGUGAAGUGUUAAUUAUUUCCUGGAAUAAUGUCCCAUUUUUGAGGGACUUGGAGAAAAAUUUCAUUUAAUAUUAUGUACUCAACAAAUGUUUCUUUCUCAUUCAAUAUUAAAUUGGAGCAAAUCAUACAAAUAAGAUUUGGAGGAUAAAAGUUGUGCAUAAUACCUUUUUACUACUAAUAAGACAUAUAUAAGACAUUCCUUUGCAACAAACGCACUGAGCUAAGUUUUAUGGGAAUUCCUUAAGUGAUCUGAUUUAGGAGUUGAUCUGUAGAGUUUUUCUCAUGUUUAUGCUCUAUUUUUAUGAUUUUUUUAAGUGGAAAAAAUAAAAUACAAUAGCUUUGUUCUGUAGGAAUCUUAACGACCAUUGAACAAAUCACCACAUGGUCUAUCAGCUAUAGUUAGUUACUAUGAUAGUGAAAUAAAGACAAGAGUGGUUUUGCUUGCUGGACACCUAAGAUGAUUUGACCUAAGUCAUGGCUAUACUAUUUCAUUCUUUUAAAGGUUAAUAAAUAUAUAAAAUGAUUCAUUUAAACACCUGUCAAAGUUUAAAAUUUUAAAAGGCUCUUUUUGCCUUCUUACAGAUGAAUGUACUUAGUGAUUGUGGAUUGAUCUUACUAUAUUUAUUUCUGGAUUUUUUUUUUUAGCACUUCUGGUUAGCAAAUAAUACCUGUAAAAAAUAACCAAAAACGGUAAAACUUGCAUUUUCAUAUAAAUACAUAUUUUGUUUUAAUGAAAUUAUAUGUAGAUUUAUUUAAAUCAGAAAUAUAUUGUGUUGAUCAGCUCAAGUGUUUCUGCUUCCUCGCUAAGCAAACUUAUUUGGGUACUAUCAUUUUUCACUCACCUUUCAGCCAUACCACAGUGUUAUAUGGGCCUAAUGUUUUAGAAAAACAUAUGCUGUAGUUUCUAAGUUUCACUGCACAAGAAAUUUGAAACUAAAUGUUGACUUCCUCUGUGGGGAUACACAUUUUGUUGCAGUUUUGCAUAUAUUUCCAAAUUCAUCUCUUUUGUACUAGACUGUGAGCUCCUUGUAGACAAGCUUGUUACCUUAAUUAGAAUAACAUUUUAGCAUAAAAUAAUUUGUUAUUGAAAUGAAUCGGUGGAUCUGGAUGAUUAGAAUGCUACAGUGUCUAUCAACGUAUAUUAGAUAAAUUCUCUAAUAUCAAAAGUAAGAUAUAGAAACUGGUGUGAUAUUUUCUUUACUUAAAAUUGAAACCUUGAUUUAAGAAUUCAUUUUUAUUUUCUCAGUCAAACAUUCUAUGCAAAUCCUGAAAUAUGCAACAGCUAAUCUUUAUGGUACAUAUCAAUUAGUUUUACUUCCUUUACAAAAUCAGAAAUGCUCUAUUUAAGCUUCCUGGAAAUGUUGACAAUCAUUUUAAUGACUAAAGGUGCUACUUAUUUUCUAAAAUUUCCUUGAUCAUAAAUGCUCCUGUCUGCUGAGCUUUAUUUAUUCUUUUGGGGGGGGGCAAUAAAACUAGAAUAUUUUUGUCUGAAUUAUGCAAUUUGGCACUGUGUGUAUGCCUUUGUAUUCUAUUAUCACUGUAUUUUAAUUAUUUCUUACUGCUUACUAAUUUUAUUGCAGGCUUCUGCUAUUUCUUAGAUGUACUUGAAUAUAUAUUUCUAUAAUAUGUAAGAAAAAAUGCUGCUUAUUAAAAUUAAGAUGACAAAUAAAUGUUCUUGUAAAAUUUUGGAACUGAAA